AUGGCUCGAACCGUCUUGGGUAAGCCAGGGCUAGGAACCUAUUAUCGGACCGCAACAGGUCCUCGAACUAUCCCAUUGACCGACCCAAAUGGUAUUCGCCUUCCGAGAGAAAUCUCUAUUGGGCGUGUGAACGUUUUCUCCAGGGACGCAAACUCUGUCAUCUUCCAUCCUAGUUGCCGGUUUUGGGUUGAUGAUGAAGUUGACGAACCGGAUGCCCCGUGGCGGCAAGAUUACGAAGCUUUCCAAUGCUUUAAGACUUCGUAUGCUUAUGACCUGAUCGGUGAAGAGCAUCCAAGAAUAGUCCCGCGACUGGAUCAAGACGCUUGGACGGGUCUUCCCAUACUUAGAAAAUCAACAUAUGGGUCCCUCUGGAAUUUCUUCGAGGAAUACACAUCCAAACUUUACACUGUCAGAGCCGAGGCCACAGCCCCUAACGAUCGCAUUAAGCCAGAGUUCCUGCCUCUUGUCUACCAGUGGAGUUUGCAGCUGCUGUCAGCCCUUAUAUUGAUACACUCUCAUAAUAUAGCUUAUGGAGCCUUCUUUGAGGAGAGCUGCUGGAUAUCAGCAGAGUCCCUAGAUAUAUCGCUGGCAGGCUUUAUAGCUUCAGACUUCCGUGAUCCAGAAAAAGGCUGGCAAUUUCGCGGUGAUUUUAUUACCAGCUAUGAGUUCUCACCAGAGUCACUCCCACUAUCGCGGAUAAUACGGAACCCAACACUUAGGACUGAUAUAUUUAUGUUUAGUAACUUGAUAUACCGCAUUAUGAUAUCUUGUAAUCCUGGCGAAGGAAGGGGUUAUACUCUAGGAGAAACGGCACGCUUAAUAAGAGAUGAAGACUGGAUGCCUGAUCUUGAGGAUGAGUUUAUGGGGAAAAUUCUCCAUAAAUGUUGGCGAUUCGAGUAUAAUACUGUGCAAGAGUUACAAAACGAGGUUCAAGCUCAUGUUGAGUCUUGUGGAUGGAUAGUCAAUGGGGAUAAACUUAAGGAGUUAGAUAUAGACCAUAUUAAAACACUCCUUCAAGGUAGUCUCACUAAUAGUGAGUAG